AUGUGGGCCCCAAGUGGGUUGAGCGGCACUCAUGGCACCGACCCUCGCUUGGCCCUGCAGAACCAAGCGAGGAAACAAGCAGCCAACCUCUCGCCCAUUUCGGUGGAGGAAUGGAAUUCCCUCCUAAAAAAGGUCCCAAACAAAGCCCCAGGCCCAGAUGGGUGGUGCUAUGAAAUGCUCCGAGCAUUACCUCAUGAAGCCAUUCUUGAAUUGGCUAGCAUGGUGCGCCAAUGGGAAAUCGAAGCCCAGUUUCCCCAGCACUGUGAUAUUACACAGUAUGCCAUGCUCCCCAAAAAUGAAACAUCCGAACGGCCUAUUGGGUUAACCCAUGUCCUUCACAGGAUAUUUUGCAAGGCGAGAUGGCAUCUUAUCACAGAGUGGGAGAACAGUUACAACCCUACCUCUCCCUGGAAUCAGGCAAAGGCAGGGAACAGUUCCCUUGACACGGCCCUCCGCCGCCUAAUCAGGGCUGAAACAAACAAAAGAGAGAAGCGUCACACCAUUACCCUUCUCCUUGAUCUAACAUCCUUCUAUGAGACUGUCCCACAUUGGCAGCUCCUAGCCCAGGGUGUCCGACACUCCUUUCCCCCGCUUCUACUUGAAAGAGCGUUAAGCCUUUACUCAGGCAGCCGAUACAUAGAAGCGCAGGGGAGUCUGUCUCGCCCCAUCCGAGCUACAAGAGGUCUCAUAGCAGGUUGCCCUCUCGCCCCUGCUCUUUCCAGAGUUGUGCUCCACGAUCCGAUCUCGAAGAUGCACUCUGCCUCCCCUGUACACCACAUCGAUUUGUGGGUGGACGAUUGCUCAGCAGAUUUUGUCGAUUCUCAUGCGCCGACAGUCGCUGCUCAAGCCAUCAAGUGUUACAGGGAGCUUAAAGCUGACCUCGAGAAUCAGGGCCUGAUGGUCAGCACCACCAAAACGGCUUUCAUCUGCUCAAACAAAGCCUCGGCCAGAGAGCUGCAAUCCUUGCUUGAAGAACAUGAACCCCCCAUCAAAACCUUAGGCAAGGACCUUGGUCUGGAUUAUGCUGCGGGGCAGAGGAGGCGAAUCACCGUGGCCAAAGGCAGGCACGCUAAAGGAGGGCAGCGUGCCAGGAAAUUGACCAAGCUGCAAGUCAAAAGCACUAGCAUCAGAGUGAGACUCUUCAACGGUUCCAUCCGGUCCUCUGCCUUGUAUGGGCAUGAAGGGGUUGGGGUAGCGCCUAAACGGCGCAAAUGGUUCAGAAGUUUGCUGGCUGCAGCCUUGGGCAGACCCACGCUUGCCAGCACUGACUCAGCCCUUGAGUUCCACUCGAACAAAGUUGUAGAUCCAGCCUACACCAUCUUGUCGCAGCAUUUCAAGGCGAUACGGAGGCUUCUUCUCAGCUGGCCCGACAGGGACAUUGGCAGAUUGCACCAGAGCUGGAACAAACUCGGGCAAUGGCUGAGCGAAGCUGAACAUCCCUGGAAAAGGGCGGCUGGACCGCUUGGAGCCGCCUGGUGCUACCUUCAAGAGUUGGGGUGGGAGGCCAUCAGCCUCAGCAAGUGGCGUGUUGAAGGCGACAUUCUUGACAUCCGUCAGGGACCUGACUUCCAUGGACUUCUUUUCCAGCUAAAACAUCUAAUUGACACCAGGCGACACCGCCGCAUUGCUCAAUCAGAUGGUGGCAAAGGAUUAGAGACAGGACCGGACUGGACAGCCCCCAGAAGGCUCCUCAAACAAGCCAACAAGCCAGAAAAGGCGGCGCUCCAAGCGUUGUGGCAAGGCGCUGUCAAGGCGUCUCCAACAGCCACGUGUUCCCUGUGCAACCUUCCUGCCACCAAGAAGCAUGUACUCUGGGAAUGCAAAUGGUGGAAAAAGCAUGGUGAACAACCGCCUCGAUGGUGGGAAGAUUACCCGGAGCAUCAAUCCACUGAUUGUCUGUGGAAUUUUGGGCUCAUGCCCAACCUUCCCAGGGAAAUGCCCUUCGGAGAUUCUAUUCUGGAAGUCCAAGGAGUCCUCCGCAAUCCAGACCAAAUCCCUGAAGGCGCUUUCGCGGCCACUGACGCCAGUGGGGGCCCCACCACUGACCAUCGGCUUCAAACCGUGGUGUGGGGGUUGAUAGUUUAUGAAUGGUGUGGGGACACGCCCAAGCGAAUCGGGUCCAUUGCCGGUCUCCUUGGUAAUGAGCAGUCAGUGUACCGAGGGGAGGCUAAAGCCAUCCAACAAGCGGCCCUUCUCCUUCCAGAAGGGACCGAUGUCACCAGUGAUUGCAAAGGGGCCGUUGCGCGUGCCAGAAGGGGCCCCGCAGGGGGAGGAGCACACCAAGACAUUUUUGGUACUGCGCCCACCCAUGAGCUUCGCCUUACAUGGGUCCCAUCCCAUUUGGGAUGCGAGGAAUUUAAGGCAAAAAUGGGGGAAGGCCAAGAAUGGCGGCGCAACAUCAAUGCUGAGGUUGAUGCAUUGGUGUCCAGACAUGCCAAAGCCCUCUACAGCACUGAGCGUGCAGAAAGGCUGCAGAAACAGGACAAACUGGCUACCGAUGUGGCCAGCUUUUUAGGACGCCGGCUCCUCUCCUUGCUUGAGGGAGGCAAGAAGGAUGGUAAAGGCGAGAUCCCCUUCAAGCGGCCUUCCAAGAAGGAGACCGAUGCAGAAGCACCAGCUGCGGAGUCCCCCUCGCAAUCGUCGAACUCAACAGAGCUUCGACGAGCCUCGCCCGACCAACCGCGGCACCAGCCCGAGCCGAGCCCAACCCCACCUGCCGAGGGGGGAGAGGCAAGCACUGACCCCAUGCCAGUCAAGCAGGAAUCAACCGAGGAGUUUAGCUCCGAAGAGUCGUCAGGAGAGGCGGCACCUCUUCUACCUUGGCCUCUCUUGGCAGACAGCCUCCACCUCACGGUUGACCGGGUUCGCCGUAGCAACAACCGUGACUUCUGGCUGUCUAACCUCGGCCCAACCUUAUGGUUGGAUUGCUUCCCAACCUUCAAGGGUUCCAGCCUCCUGGGCAUAGGGGGAACGCGAGCAGUGUACACCUCACCGUCCUCAGAAGGCAAGGUGUGGAAGGUUGCUCUCAAAGCAGAUCCCAGCCACCAUGGGAUUGAGCAAACCAUUGGGCAGCGGCUCCCAGGUUUAUGUGCCACGCAAACCAGAAUGGUGGGGACGGGACAGCUCACCAUCCGUGACUUCAAGACCCUGGAGAUUGAGGUCUUGGAGGUUGAGCGUCUUACGCUGUUGCCUGACCAGCCCUCCAACCUCCAGGUCUUGCACAUGUUCAUGGUCCUCACAGCCCUUGUGGGUGCUGGCAUUUGGGUCAGGGACCUGAACAGAAAGAAUUGGGGGGUUCGUCCCCCCAAUCCACACGGGCCCGAUCAAGGGCCUGCGGAAAUCGUGGCCCUUGAUUGUGGAGGUUGGGCAUUCCAAGAUGCCCCGCUUGGUUUUCCCCAACGCGUCCGCAUUGCCUCAUGGUGGGGGUGGAUCGAAGCCAACAACCCCGAGGUAGCGGCGUGGGCUCGAGGCGUCGUCCGUACGGACCACUCGAGCCCACGGCGACUCGCCAUCGCCUUCAGGCAGCGCCUCCUUGCCACGGAUGGGGGGAAGGAGGUUCUUGGGACUUUGAUCCGUCAAGGGGUCAUCAUCCCUAGUCCCUCGCUGAACCUGUGCCUCCCGAUGACGGUCAAUGGAGUCAACAGUAGCGGGGACUGGUGCUUCGCCUCAAUUGAAGACCUUGAGGCGUAA